GAUUUUGUUUGUUGUUUGUUUUCGAAACGAAAGAAUUUUUUUCGCGCGCUUAAAAAAAUUUCAAAUUAACAAAAAAAAAAAUGAAUGCCAUCUUUUGAUUGGAAAAAAUAGAAAGUGAAAAUUGUAUCAAACGUUUGCACAUGUCGCACAUGAGCGUUAUAUAAUUCUCUCCGUCUGCGUGUUUUGUUUUGAGUAAUAAACGUGUGUUGAUUUUUUGUUUGUUUGUUUUCGAAUCUGGGAAAAAAUUUGGGAAUAAUUUUGAAGUUUUGAAUUUUAAACAAUUUAAAUGAGAAAAUGAUGAAACAACAAUAUUCAUUGAUAAAUCGUUUAAAUGAUCGUCAAAUUGGAUUGAUAAGAAAUCCAUCAUCGUCGUCGACAACAUCAACGACAAAAACAAUCAUUAAUUAUAAUGAUAAUCAUAAACAAUCAUCAAAAAUUCUUUCCAAUAUGAUUAUUGAUGAAAAUAUUGAAUAUACAAAUAAAUUUUAUUAUAAAGAUUUACUUGGUCAUUAUGGUUGUGUAAAUACUGUUGAAUUUUCGAAUGAUGGAAAUUUAAUGAUAUCAGGUGGUGAUGAUAAACGUGUUUUAAUAUGGCGUUUAUGGGAUGCAAUUGUUGAUAAAAAUUAUAAACCAAGAAUAAUGUGUAAAGAACAUUCAUCAAAUAUAUUUUGCCUAAGUUUUGAUAAUGAACAAAAACGUAUUUAUUCUGGUGGUAAUGAUGAUCUUGUUAUUGUACAUAAUAUUGAAACAGGUGAUGCAAUUGAUGUAUUUGCACAUAUGAAUGAUGUUUAUUGUAUAUCAGUAAAUCCAAUAAAUAAUAAUAUAUUUGCAAGUGCAUCAAAUGAAAUUCGUAUUUGGGAUUUACGUAGUUCAUUAAGUUGUCAACAUUUACAAUCGAAUGGUGUAUUUCAUGGUGUACAAUAUAAUCCAACACAACCAUUUAUGAUUGCAACAGCUAGUUCACAAUUUGGUAUUGAAUUAUAUGAUUUAAGACAACCAUUACAAAGAUUAUCAAGAUUUUUUCCAUCAUAUAUGGUCAAUAGUCCGGCUGCAAUGUGUGUACAUUUUAAUCAUAAUGGUGAUAAAAUAUUAGCAUUAGGUAGAAAAUUACCACCAGUUUUAUAUGAUGUACGUUGUCCAUAUCCACAAUUAUUAUUCGAAGGUGAUGGUUUUUAUAAUUAUUGUACAUUAAAAGAUUGUAGUUUUGCCGGACAAAAUGAUCAAUAUGUUAUAUCGGGUUCGGAUAAUUUUUAUAUUUAUAUGUGGAAAAUACCCGAUAUUGUUCGUAAUGAUAAAUGGAAACAAAAUCCAUUGAAUAAUGAUUCAACAACAUUUGUUGCAAAACCAAUACAGAUAUUAACUGGUCAUCGAUCAAUUGUUAAUAAAGUACGAUUUAAUAAACAAAAUGGUAUUAUUGCAUCAACUGGUGUUGAAAAAAUGAUUCGUCUUUGGAGUCCAUUAAUUAGAUUUGAUGAAGAUGAAAAUUAUAUUGAUUCAAAAGAACCAAAAUUUUCAAGACAAUUAUAUCAUUAUACUGAUUAUAUUGGUGAUUUAGAUUUACAUAAUAAUAGUGAACAUAUAUUUGAAGAAGAUUAUCGUUUAAUUGCCUAUUUUGAUAUAAUGUUAAAACGUGAUAUAUCAUUAAGUUCAUAUAGUUCAUCGGAUGAUGAAAAUCGUUCUUAUUUUGAAUUAUGUGAUUAUUCAUCAAGUUCAUCCGAUAAUGAACAACAACAACAAAAUAAUGGUGAUGGUGAUAACAAUAAUUAUCCAUUUAUUGAUCUUAAAUCGGAUACAGAUGAUAAAUUUCAUAUACAAAAUCAUUAUAAUUUUAAAAAUAAUCAAACACUAUUUAAUAAUAAUAAUGCAAUAAUAAUUGAAAAUAAUAGAAAAAAUCUAAAUAAUGAUAAUGAUAAUGAUUAUAUGAAUAUUUCAUAUUCAAAACGAAUGUAUAUUCGUUAUUUAAAAAGUAUUGUAAAUAUUAUUAUUAAACAAUUGGAAACAAUACAACCAGAAUUGAAUGAAAUUCUUCAGCAAUCAUUACAAUCAUCAUCAACAACAACAACGACGAAUGUUCGUAAAUCUGAAACAACAUUAAAACACGAACAGCGACAGGAAAAUGUAUCGAUACUAUUUUUAAUGAGAAAAUUAGAUAAUGAAUUUCGUUCAUAUAAUGAUCUUUAUAAAUGUAUACAGAUUAAGAAAAAAUAUAAACUACUUUUACAAUCAUUUCGUUUUGUAUCGGAAUUAUAUGGUGCUUUACGUACAGGGACAUUAUUUCGACGAUCAUAUAAUAAUCAUGGUGAAUUGAAUUUAAAAACAAUUAUAAAUUUAUUAAUGAAAUCUGAUCAGGUGGAUAUUUUGGCACGGAAAAUGUCAAUUAUUGAAGAACGAAAAUUAUGCGAUCGAAAACUACAUGGUCUCAUUAUUAGUUUUUACAAGAAAAUUUUACAACUAGCCAAACUUUUACUUGAUGUAAAAUGUUUUAUAAAUUUACGAAAUAAUCCAAUUGAAUUUUGUCAUCUAUCAUGUUCAAAUAAUGAUAAUCAUCAUCAACAUUCAAUAUUUUGUUUAAAUAAACGUACAUCAACUAGAUGUUUAACACGGAAUUAUGCUGAAGUUGAAAUUGAUACAUCUGAUUCUUCAUCGGAUGAUGAUGAUAUUAUUGAUUGGAAUACGGAUAAUAAUAAUUCUGAUAUCAAUGAUGAUGAUGGUGAUGUUAUUGGUGAUUUUCCUGAACCACCGAAUGAAGAUUUACAAUCAAGUAGUGAUCUUAGUGAUGAUGAUGAUGAUGAUAAUGAUGACGAUGAUGAUGAAAGAAAAAAGAAAAAUAUUUGGUCAAAUAAUUUCCUAACAUAUUAUUCCGAUUCAUCCGAUGAUGAUUCAAGUGAUGAUAUUGAAAACGACGACGAUGAUGAUGAUAAUGUUGAUAUUAAAGAAGAACCCGAAAAUAAAUCAAAAAGUGAUAACAUUGAACCAAAUGAUAAUGAUAAUGAUGUCGUUACUUUUUGA